AUAUUAUAACAACUGAAUUGCCUACUGACGAAAAUAUUGUUGAAGAUAUUCUCAUUUCAGAAGGUGUCUGGCAAUCUGAAAAUGUUGAAAUGGAAGAGGGAGAGGAAAUGGGAGGAAGGAAAGCAUUUGAAACUGCAAAAAGAUUCUUAGAGCAACAAGAAUUUGUUACAAAAAAAGAUGUUAAGUAUGUUCGUGAAUUAAUAAAAUGUUUAAAUAGUUCUGCAGAUAAAGCAAAACAUCAGUCUUGUUGA